UUUUAGAAUAAGGCUGUAACGUAACUGUCACGACUUCUGCCGAAGUCGUUGCCUCUCCUUGUUCGGGCGGUGUUCGGCGGUCGACGUCACCGUCCUUCUAGCCAUCAUCGAUCCAUUUUUCAUUUUUCCAUUGGUUUUGUCUUGUCUUCCCACACACCUGUUUUCAAUCCCAUUCAUUACCUCUUGUGUAUUUAACCCUCUGUUUCCCCUCAUGUGUUUGUCAGAGAUUGUUUUAUGUCAAGUAUUGUUUUCUUGUUGUAUAGGUGUGCGACGGGUCCUCGUACCCAUGUUUAUUUGAUAUAUGUAUAUUUUCGUGCUUGGAGCAUAUCGAGUGGACAUUUAGUAAAAGUCUACAUUUACACUCCGUCUUACUCUCCUGCGUCUGACUUCCAUGCCACCUAUACACACUACUAUGACAGUAACAAAAUGUGGAAAAAGUCAAGGGGCCUGAAUAGUUCCCGAAGGCACUGUAUCAACAUAGACUACAUUACUUCAGAGAAGGUAAACAAAGUAUUUUCUACCUUGUUUUUGUGUUUUGAGUUCAGUCACCUCUGAUCCUGAUUGGCUGUGAGCUUGAUUGUGACCUCUAACCCUUCCAGGUGUACAUCACCUGUGUAAGGCGGGGUUACCCCAGCACCCGGUGUGUCAGCACGACAUCGCCACAGGAGAGAGGUCGUCCUGGAGACCGCCAAGCACUCCAUCUCCCAGGGGCCUUUGCGUGUGAGGAGGAGCGCUGACAGUGACAGGAAAGGUGCCCAUGCUCCGGCCCCUCCACUCCAGCAGAUGAGUCGUCGACUGCUCUGGCGUAGACGCAGCCGCGCUCCAACGCCCAGAUAGUCCCCUGGUCCUGCCCCCCGCCCUGCCGGGAGACAGCUGACUACAUUACCCAGCAUGCCCUCCUCUGUGCGGGCGGGCAGCCUAAAGGACCCGGAGGUAGCCGAGCUGUUCUUCAAGGAAGACCCAGAGAAACUGUUCUCCGACCUCCGAGAGAUAGGACAUGGCAGCUUCGGAGCCGUCUACUUUGCGCGGGAUUUACGAUCUACAGAGGUGGUGGCCAUCAAGAAGAUGUCUUAUAGUGGGAAGCAGUCCAACGAGAAAUGGCAGGACAUCAUAAAAGAGGUGAAGUUUCUCCAGAGGAUUCAACAUCCCAACAGUAUAGAGUACAAGGGCUGCUACCUACGAGAAAACACAGCAUGGUUAGUGAUGGAGUACUGUCUGGGUUCAGCCUCUGAUGUUCUAGAAGUUCAUAAAAAGCCUCUUCAGGAAAUGGAGAUCGCUGCCAUUACCCAUGGUGCUUUGCAGGGUUUAGCCUACCUUCACUCCCACAACAUGAUUCACAGAGACAUCAAAGCAGGUAACAUCCUACUGACGGAGCCAGGGCAGGUCAAGCUUGCUGACUUUGGCUCCGCUUCCAUCGCUUCCCCAGCCAACUCCUUCGUGGGGACGCCAUAUUGGAUGGCCCCAGAGGUGAUCUUGGCCAUGGACGAGGGCCAGUAUGACGGAAAGGUGGAUGUCUGGUCCCUUGGGAUCACCUGUGUAGAACUAGCGGAGAGGAAGCCUCCUCUGUUUAAUAUGAACGCUAUGAGUGCCUUGUACCACAUAGCGCAGAACGAGAGCCCUACACUGCAGUCCAGAGACUGGACGGAUUACUUUAGAAACUUUGUUGAUUCUUGCCUUCAGAAAAUCCCCCAGGAUAGACCCCACUCUGACGAUCUACUGAAUCAUGUGUUUGUCCAGCGGGAGCGUCCAGACUCUGUUCUGAUGGAUCUGAUCCUGAGGACCAAAGAGGCGGUCAGAGAGCUGGACAACCUGCAGUAUCGUAAAAUGAAGAAGAUCCUGUUCCAGGAAGCUCACAACGGACCACAGGCUGAGACACAGGACGGGGACGAGGAGGUGGAGCACGGUGCAGGGCGUACAGACACAGUGAACAGUGUGGGCAGUAACCAGUCCAUCCCCAGUAUGUCUAUCAGCUCCCAGAGCAGCUCAGUCAACAGUCUGAAUGAAGCAGCACAGGACGACCGCAGUCAUGACGACCGCAGUGAACUGGACCUGAUGGAGGGAGACCACACGGUCAUGUCCAACAGCUCUGUUAUACACCUCAAACCAGAGGAAGAGGAGUGUGACCAUGAGGACCCAGAGGUGCGGGACCGUCCCGCUGAGCCACCUGACGCUCCUGCCCAAACCCCCAGGAAACACUACAGAGAACGCAACAGAGAACACUUUGCUACCAUACGUACUGCCUCACUGGUGACUCGUGAGAUGCAGGAGCACGAGCAGGACAGUGAGCUCAGGGAGCAGAUGUCUGGCUAUAAGAGGAUGAGACGGCAGCACCAGAAACAUCUGAUGGGUCUGGAGAACAAGCUGAAGGCUGAGAUGGAUGAGCAUCGUCUCCGUCUGGACAAAGAGCUGGAGAGCCAGAGGAACAGCUUCGCCCAGGAGAUAGAGAAACUGGUCAAGAGACACCAGGCCGCUAUGGAGAAAGAUGCGAAGACCUUUAACAACGAUGAGAAGAAGUUCCAGCAGCACAUUCAGGUCCAGCAGAAGAAAGAACUCAGCAGCUUCCUGGAGUCGCAGAAACGAGAGUACAAACUACGCAAGGAACGGCUCAAAGAGGAGUUGAGUGAGAACCAGUCCACCCCUAAGAAGGGGAAGCAGGAGUGGCUGUCCAAGCAGAAGGAGAACAUCCAGCACUUCCAGGCUGAGGAGGAAGCCAACCUGUUGAGGAGACAGAGGCAGUACCUGGAGCUGGAGUGUAGACGCUUCAAACGGAGGAUACUCAUAGCCAGGCACGACGUGGAGCAGGAUCUGACACGAGAGGAGUUGAAUAAGCGUCAGACCCAGAAGGACUUGGAGCAUGCCACGCUGCUCAGACAUCACGAGUCGAUGCAAGAGCUGGAGUUCAGACAUCUGGGAACCAUCCAGAAGAUGAGGGCGGAGCUUAUCAGGACACAGCACCAGACAGAACUAACCAAUCAGCUGGAGUACAACAAGAGGAGGGAGAGAGAGCUGAGACGUAAACACGUCAUGGAGGUUCGACAGCAACCCAAGAGUUUAAAGUCCAAAGAGCUGCAGAUUAAGAAGCAGUUCCAGGACACAUGUAAGAUCCAGACUCGCCAGUUCAAGGCCCUGAGGAACCACCUGUUGGAGAGCACUCCCAAGGCCGACCACAAGGCGGUGCUCAAGAGGCUGAAGGAGGAGCAGACCAGGAAACUGGCCAUCCUGGCCGAGCAGUACGACCACUCUAACAACCACAUGUUGUCCACACAGGCUCUGCGUUUGGACGAAGCCCAAGAGGGCGAGUGUCAGGUGCUGAGGCAGCAGCUGCAUCAGGAGCUGGAGCUGCUGAACGCCUACCAGAGUAAAAUCAAGAUGCAGACAGACGCCCAGCACGACAGAGAGAGGAAGGAUCUGGAGCAGAGAGUGUCGCUCCGCAGGGCUCUACUGGAACACAAGAUUGAGGAGGAGAUGUUGUCUCUGCAGAACGAGCGUGUGGAGCGUAUCAGGUCUCUGUUGGAGCGCCAGGCCAGAGAGAUGGAGGCCUUCGACUCAGAGUCCAUGAGACUAGGUUUCAACAACAUGGUGUUGUCCAACGUGCCGGGCUCCGGCUCAGACGCACACGGCAGUCCAGGGGGAUCUGGAGCGUCUCUGCACGGUCACAGCCAUCACCAGGGGGGGUCGAGCUCCCAGCAGCCGUGGGGUCACCCUGUGCUGGCUGGGGGACCCCCUCCCUGGAGCCUGCACCAGCCCUCUGGAGGGGGGAGUCAGAGGGGGAGUGGGGGGGGCGUGGGGGGGGUCAGGAACAGCCCCCAGGUUAUGAGGAGGGCGUCGACGUCGGGAGGUGGGCGGAGCGAACAGGGCAUGAGCAGGAGCGCCAGCAUCACCUCCCAGAUCUCCAACGGAUCACACCUGUCAUACACCUAGACACACACACACACACACACACGCUGAAGACACACACACACUGGACACACACACACACACACACAGAAGACACACACACACACACACACUGAAGACACACACACACACACACUGAAGACACACACACACACACACUGAAGACACACACACACACACUGAAGACACACACACACUGAAGACACACACACACACACAUACUGAAGACACACACACUGAAGACACACACACACACACACACACACACACUGAAGACACACACACACUGAAGACACACACACACACACAGUAGAUGAACAGACUUGUCGUUAUCCUUGAAACACACAGCUUAACACAAACUGAACUAAACACACUUGUGAUUGGGGGUGGCAGGUAGCCUAGUGGUUAGAGUGUAGGGGCGUGGUUAGAGUGUAGGGGCGUGGUUAGAGCGUUGGACUAGUAACCAAAAGGUUGCUGGAUCAAAUCCCCGAGCCGACAAGGUAAAAAUCUGUCAUUCUGCCCCUGAACAAGGCAGUUAAUUAACCCACUGUUCCUAGGCCGUCUUUGUAAAUAAGAAUUUGUUCUUAACUGACUUGCCUAGUUAAAUAAAGGUUAAAUAAAAAUGUAAAUGGACCUGACCAAACCAUAAUCACACAGAGAUGCUGGUCUUCCACAAACUUACACACAUGCGCACGCACACGGCUAGCAUGCACAUUGAAAACAGCACCCUAGGUUGGGGGUCAUAGGGGAAACCAAUAUCCCUUCCUCCCCAAUCUGUUUCUCUCUCUCUUUCUCUUUCUCAUCAACACUGUCACCUUCUCUUCUGAUAGUAUAGACUGACAGGAGACAGUGGAAUACAGUAACCCGGCCGUGUUAGAAUACAGUAACCCGGCCGUGUUGGAAUACAGUAACCCGGCCAUGUUGGAAUACAGUAACCCGGCCGUUUUAGAAUACAGUAACAUAUUAUAAUGUAGAUGUGCCAUAGUCUAAUAAUGUCAAACCACGCCAGUCUCCUCAUGUUGUUUGCCAUAGACCCACACACUCGUCGUCACUUUAAACAAGCAUGUCUAAAGCACUUUACGUUUUUUUGGCAAUCCAUUUACUUGAGAGAUGGUCUAAUACAGUAAUUCAGGAAGUUGUCAUUGAUGGAGUGUAAUGCAGUCACACAUGUCACGAUGCUAAUAAACUGCUUUUAACAACAGUGGCAGGAGAUGACUUAAGAGAGUGACCUCUCUAAACCACCACAGACACUUCCGGGUUACUAUUUGUUUUGAGGCUGAAUAUCUACUACAGUUGCCAACAGUGAGAUCAAACACAUUUUGAGAUUUCCUGAAACAGGUUUGUUUUGAAUGCGACACAGGAAGAGGAACCUUUGUAGAAGGCUUGUCAAGUCAGUGGAGGAAGGAGAUACGGAAACAAACAGGAUAUCAGAAUGAGUGUUUUAAUAAAGUCCUUUUACUUGUGCACUACUUUGGAAUACAGUAACCCGGCCGUGUUGGAAUACAGUAACCCGGCCGUGUUGGAAUACAGUAACCCGGCCGUGUUAGAAUACAGUAACCCGGCCGUGUUGGAAUACAGUAACCCGGCCGUGUUGGAAUACAGUAACCCGGCCGUGUUGGAAUACAGUAACCCGGCCGUGUUGGAAUACAGUAACCCGGCCGUGUUGGAAUACAGUAACCCGGCCGUGUGUGAAUACAGUAACCCGGCCGUGUGUGAAUACAGUAACCCGGCCGUGUGGGAAUACAGUAACCCGGCCGUGUUGGAAUACAGUAACCCGGCCGUGUUAGAAUACAGUAACCCGGCCGUGUUAGAAUACAGUAACCCGGCCGUGUUAGAAUACAGUAACCCGGCCGUGUUGGAAUACAGUAACCCGGCCGUGUUGGAAUACAGUAACCCGGCCGUGUUGGAAUACAGUAACCCGGCCGUGUUGGAAUACAGUAACCCGGCCGUGUUGGAAUACAGUAACCCGGCCGUGUUGGAAUACAGUAACCCGGCCGUGUUAGAAUACAGUAACCCGGCCGUGUUAGAAUACAGUAACCCGGCCGUGUUAGAAUACAGUAACCCGGCCGUGUUGGAAUACAGUAACCCGGCCGUGUUAGAAUACAGUAACUAAGUAAAGAAUAGACCAGAGCCCUUGGUCAAUAGUAGUGCACUAAACGGAGGGAAUGAAUAGGGUGCAAUUAGAAAUGCAGACAGACUGUGAUGAAGUGUGCUAUUGAGUUCUAUGCUUGUCCUAUACUGAGUGGUGGUAAUGGAAACCCACUCAUGUAGAGAUGCCAAAGAGAAGAGGCCCUUAGAUAUGAUAAGAGUAUGUUGGCCAGAAGUGGCCAAUGCAGGCUUUUGUUCCAACCCAGCACGAAACAUUUGGUUUUAAUCAUGGCCCUCUGUCUACGUAGGUGUCAGCCAAAAAGGCCGAUAGAAUUCUCAGGGUUCACUGUUAGUUUCCACAGCCUCCUGUGUGUCAGUUAUAGCCAAUAGGACGGUCCGUCUGUGCGAUGCUCUGCUCUCAUAGGUCCACGUCCCUGUCUGUCUCUGGUCUGGGCGGGCAUUUUGAUCCCAUGGCAACAGCACUUUGCCACGAUCAUGUGACUUUACAGAGAGACUAGCAGUUACUGUACACACUUCUUUAAUGUACACAUCAACAACACACACUUUAUGAUAAUGGAUCUCAAAUUAUCCAAAUUCACCAUCUCUCUCUCUCUCCUUUCCUCGCUCUCCUUUUCCUUUCAUCUCCACCCCUCAACAAGUCCCCCUCCCCCCUGGCCCCCCACCUAUGGGCCUGCUGGUGUUGAUGAACAGAGUGAAACGAGAAGGUGGGUGUGUAUAGAACUAGUAAAGGAGGUUGAGGCCAAGUUAAAGAGUGAUUAAGAAAGCUGGGUGGAAGUGAGGAUUUUGUAGGGGGUGUUACGGAAUAGGAAAAUAACUUGUCGUGGGGGGUUUACAGAACGUUGAAGUUAUACAACGGUGUACGUAUAAUGUGGUACGGUUACAUUUACAGGUAUUGGUUUAUGACUGCUGAAUGUCCUUUUUGGGUGGGUGGCGAAGCUGCUGUCGCCCCUGCAAUGCUCCUGCGACCCCCCCCCACUCCCCAGCUCGAGCUCACCUCCUGUCGUUACUGCCCCCCUACAACUUCCCUCCCCACCGGACCACCCUCCGAUUCCCUCUUCAGACAGACCCACCUACCCCCCCGGGAAGGAGCGUAUUGGAGAAUAUUGAUGUCUAAAAUAAAGUGUAUAUAUAUAUAAAGGUGGAUAUGUGAAGAGCGUAUAUAUAAAGGUGGGGGGAGGUGUGGCAAAAUAAUGAUAUAUAAAAUAUAUAUAUAUAGUCGAUUUAAAGUCGAUUUCAUGUGGGAUGUAUUGGAUAAAAUGUGUUAAUAUUGUACAUUUUAGAAUAAAUAAAUAAAAAUAAAACAAAGAAAAGCAAUUCAAAGUCAAGACAAAUGAACUGCUUGUAUUGUGAAGUCACUGACACGGUCUCUAACGAUGGUAUUAAACAAGACAAUGAAUACGAAAACAUAGUCAACAACAGACCUUGUACACACAGAAAAUGUGUGGUUCUGGAGCAGUUCCAUUGGGUUCUAUUGAGUUCCAUUAGAUCGAUCCUAUCGAGUUCCGUUGGAGCCCAUUGAGUUCUGUUGGAGUCCAAUGAGUUCCAUUUUCUGUUGGAGCCCAUUGAGUUCCGUUGGAGCCCAUUGAGUUCUGUUGGAGCCCAUUGAGUUCUGUUGGAGCCCAUUGAGUUCUGUUGGAGCCCAUUGAGUUCCGUUGGAGUCCAUUGAGUUCUGUUGGAGCCCAUUGAAUUCCGUUAGAGCCCAUUGAGUUCUAUUGAGUUCCGUUGUCUCCAUCAGUUCAGAUUCUCCACUGACCUGUGAACUAUUCUCAAUCUUCUCUCUUUCACACUCACAGUCCUUUCUGAAAAUAACCUCCAGGUCUCUCCCCAAACUGAGGAUGGACUCCUCUUCCACCUUCACCUCCCUUUUAAUGGUUUUUAUUUUCUGUUGUUGUUUUUAUUUAUCUUAUGGAGAGAAAUGGUUGGUUUUAUCUACAUUGAUUGAUCUCAUUUCGAUUGGCCAUAUUAUGAUGAUAUCUACUUUGAAUGGUCAGAUGUAAUUAAGAGAUUCACUCUGAUUUGAUUCAUCCUUGGGGUGGCAGGAUUACAUCUCUGUACAGUGUGUUUGAUCAGUAUUCCUCUUUAUUUGUUUUAUUUCCCCAGGUUGAGUUACAGUACCCAUUCCCAUGUAACCUGUGUUACACUGUAUAGAUUGUGCAAAAAAAAAAAAGAUGUCAAAGAUUACAUUAAAGAAAACCUAUAAAUUACAGAAAAAAUAAAGUGAUUUAAAAUGUAUAAAAGAAGUUGAGAAACAAAGUUUUCGGGGACAAAUGUAAUGUUUUGUAAUUACUGUUUUUGUUGGAAGAGGGCUACUGGACAAAGAAUCGACUGUAAUAAAGUCUGUCGGGGUA